UUGUACGAUGUAUAAACUUUUUAACAACCAGAAUCUCCUUAUCAUCAUCCUCAGCCACCAACAGAAUCUACUGAAAAUGGCUGCCCUUCACUGUCUCCACUGAUAAUUGUGGAUAGAGAUUUAGAUUAAUUUUUAUAAAAUCUUUUGUCUUUAAUCUGAUUUAUUCUUUUCCAUCUCCACUGCUACCACUAGUGCGGAGAGUGGUUGAUUUUGAUUACUAAGGAUUUGUGCUUGCUGCCUUUGGAGCCUUUUGGUGAUCUAAUUCAUCUAGAGAGAUGGGGGAUGUUGCCAAGGAUUUAGCUGCAGGGACUGUUGGUGGGGCUGCACAGUUAGUAGUUGGACAUCCCUUUGACACCAUAAAGGUAAAACUCCAAAGCCAGCCGGUUCCCCUCCCUGGCCAAGUAGCCAAGUAUUCUGGAGCAAUAGAUGCUGUCAAGAAAACUAUAAAGGCUGAAGGUGCGGGUGGGCUAUACAAAGGCAUGGGGGCCCCACUUGCAACUGUUGCAGCUUUUAAUGCUGUCCUCUUUACCGUGAGGGGGCAGAUGGAGUCAUUGGUUAGGUCAGAACCUGGCGUUCCACUUACAAUCAAUCAACAGUUCUUCUGUGGUGCCGGAGCUGGACUUGCAGUUUCUUUUCUUGCUUGCCCAACAGAGUUGGUUAAAUGCAGGCUGCAAGCGCAGAGUGCGUUAGCUGAUUCGAGUUUGACUGGUGGAGCUCCGAAGUAUGGUGGACCGAUGGAUGUUGCUAAGCAAGUCCUAAGAUCAGAAGGUGGUGCGAGAGGUCUCUUCAAAGGUUUGGUUCCUACUUUAGCACGUGAAGUCCCUGGAAAUGCUGCAAUGUUUGGCGUAUACGAGAUUUUUAAGCGGUUCCUUGCUGGUGGCCAAGAUACUUCAAAAUUGGGGAGGGGUUCAUUGAUGAUGGCAGGAGGCUUAGCUGGAGCUGCAUUUUGGGCUUCAGUGUACCCCACGGAUGUCGUUAAAAGUGCACUUCAGGUAGACGACUACAAGAACCCGAAAUACAAAGGUUCAAUUGAUGCAUUCAAGAAGAUAUUGAAAGUUGAGGGAGUUGGAGGACUUUACAAAGGUUUCGGACCUGCCAUGGGUCGAAGUAUUCCUGCCAACGCAGCUUGCUUCUUGGCAUAUGAGGUGACAAGAUCUAGCUUAGGGUAACUGCGGUUUCGAAUUAAUAAAGUAACGUGUCUUAAUUUUUUUCUUUCACUGGUGAAAUGCCAACAGUGGCUUUAUGUUCAUUAGUUUAUACUCUGCAUUCGUUUAACCUCCUAUUAUCAUCUAAAUUACAAAUUGACUGUUGUUCAUAUGGUGGUUGAGAUGCAUUUCCAUCGGUUCUCUUGA